GUCUAAAACAUCAAAAGAAACUAAAGCUCACGUUACUAUUGUUCUCUUGUUCUCUUAUUUUCUCUUUUCUGCGCCCGCAUACGGCAGGCGUUGCAUUUCUAGGCUCACUAUGUUAUAAUCUUUGCUUCCUCUUCGCCAGCGCAUUCCUCAUCCACCCGUUGAUCUUAUCCCGCAAGCUCGACAACAUGGUCGUCGGCCAGAACGGCACACCCACGUCUCCUUGUCCAGAUAUUUCCUUCCCAGUCAAUCGACCGGCCCGGCGAAGGGAGUGGUCAACCGAACUUGACGCUGAACUACGAGCGCAAGAAGCUUCGGUUGUCCGCCUAAAGAAUCACAACACGAUCCCCCGGGCUUUCUGGCCGGGCGGAGACCGCUCGUUAUCUGGCAUAGCGAUUCGGGCAUUCCUUCUGGGGGUCACUUUAGGGCUCAGCUCCCUCUUCAGUCUUGCCCUUCUCCUAUACUACCAGAACCGUCUCUGGCGCGCCCCCUUCUUCAUCGCUACCCUCUGCGUCUUCCACUUCCUCGAGUUCUGGACGACGGCAGCAUACAACACACCAACCGCAUUCGUCUCAUCCUUCCUUCUCACCAAUGGAAGCCGAUACCGACAAGCUCAUAGCUUCGCCCUCGUCGAAACGCUCAUUACCUCGUACUUUUUUCCCCACUGGCAAGCCCUCGUAAACCCGCUGCCGAUAAUUCUGCUCGGUCUAGUUAUGAUCACUGUAGGACAAGUGGUGCGAAGCCUUGCCAUGGCUCAAGCAGGGACGAACUUCAAUCACCAGGUGCAAUCUCAGAAGAAUGAAGGCCAUGAGUUGGUUACCUCUGGUCUAUAUAGUAUUUUUCGACAUCCCUCGUAUUUCGGGUUUUUCUGGUGGGGCCUUGGAACCCAAGUAGCUCUUGGCAACUGUGUCAGCUUUGCUGGAUAUGCCGCUGUUCUCUGGUACUUUUUCAACACUCGGAUCAACCAUGAGGAGAAGCACCUUGUUAAGUUUUUUGGUGAAGAAUACAAGGCAUACAAGGAACGCACUCGAGUAUGGAUACCCUUCAUCUAAAGCCUAGCAUUUUCAUAGCACACGGAGUUGGUAGGAAGACAUAGUGGAGUUCUUGAAGCACGUCUUUGUAGUUCAUCUCUCUUGAGGUUCACUUUUGGUCCUGGGUCAGGUAAUGGUCUUCGCAGGUAAAUUGUCACUCUAUCGCCCAGACUAUACCAUAGAUCCCGUAUCUGAUCGAGUUGGCAUCUAUAUAAUACUUCCUACUAGCACAAGCAGUCUAAGUUAUCUUUGACGUCACAGAGUCAAACUUUGGUUCCUUGGCGGGAGUAUCGGUCAUUUGUUCUAUCCCAGCG